UUUCCUUGCUGCUUAGGGAUGGUUUGGAGGAUCCACUGGAUGACACUGGCCUUGUGCAACAGCAGCUCGAUCAGCUGUCCACCAUUGGUCGGUGUGAGUAUGAGAAGACCUGUGCUCUGCUCGUGCAGCUCUUCGACCAGUCAGCCCAGUCCUACCAGGAGCUGCUGCAGAGUGCCACUGCCAGCCCCAUGGACGUUGCUGUGCAGGAAGGGCGCCUGACCUGGCUGGUGUACAUCAUCGGGGCGGUGAUCGGGGGCAGGGUCUCCUUCGCCAGCACCGACGAGCAGGACGCCAUGGAUGGAGAGCUGGUUUGUCGAGUGCUGCAGCUGAUGAACCUGACGGACUCGCGCCUGGCGCAGGCUGGCAAUGAGAAGCUGGAGCUGGCCAUGCUGAGCUUCUUCGAGCAGUUCCGCAAGAUCUAUAUUGGAGAUCAGGUGCAGAAGUCUUCCAAGCUGUACCGCCGUCUCUCAGAGGUCCUGGGGCUGAAUGAUGAGACCAUGGUCCUGAGCGUCUUCAUAGGAAAAAUCAUCACCAACUUGAAGUACUGGGGCCGGUGUGAGCCUAUCACCUCCAAGACCCUGCAGCUGCUCAAUGACCUCUCCAUUGGGUACAGCAGCGUUAGGAAGCUGGUGAAGCUCAGUGCUGUCCAGUUCAUGCUGAACAAUCACACGAGUGAGCACUUUUCCUUCCUGGGCAUUAACAAUCAGUCCAACCUGACUGACAUGAGAUGUCGGACUACGUUCUACACUGCACUUGGGCGUCUUCUCAUGGUGGAUUUAGGGGAAGAUGAGGAUCAGUAUGAGCAGUUCAUGCUUCCCCUCACAGCUGCCUUUGAGACCGUGGCACAGAUGUUCAGCACAAACACUUUCAAUGAACAAGAGGCAAAAAGAACUUUGGUUGGUUUGGUGAGAGACCUGAGGGGAAUAGCAUUUGCCUUCAAUGCCAAGACCAGCUUCAUGAUGCUGUUUGAGUGGAUCUACCCCUCCUACAUGCCAAUCCUCCAGCGGGCAAUUGAGCUCUGGUACCAUGACCCAGCCUGCACUACACCCGUCCUCAAACUCAUGGCUGAGCUGGUACAUAAUAGGUCCCAACGGCUGCAGUUCGACGUGUCCUCACCCAAUGGCAUCCUGCUCUUCAGAGAAACCAGUAAAAUGAUAACUACAUAUGGAAAUCGUAUCCUAACGCUUGGGGAGGUCCCAAAGGAUCAAGUCUAUGCCUUGAAGCUCAAGGGGAUUUCCAUCUGCUUCUCUAUGCUGAAGGCUGCACUGAGUGGGAGCUACGUCAACUUUGGGGUCUUCCGACUGUAUGGGGAUGAUGCACUGGACAAUGCCUUGCAAACCUUUAUCAAGCUUCUGCUUUCCAUCCCCCACAGUGACCUUCUGGAUUAUCCCAAGCUCAGCCAGUCGUAUUAUUCCUUGCUGGAAGUUCUUACCCAGGACCACAUGAACUUUAUAGCCAGUCUGGAGCCUCAUGUAAUCAUGUAUAUUCUCUCUUCCAUUUCAGAAGGCCUCACUGCACUAGACACCAUGGUUUGCACAGGCUGCUGCUCCUGUUUGGACCACAUUGUCACCUAUCUCUUCAAGCAACUGUCUCGCAGCACCAAGAAGAGGAGCACCCCCCUGACCCAGGAGAGCGACCGCUUCCUGCACAUCAUGCAGCAGCACCCCGAGAUGAUCCAGCAGAUGCUGUCAACAGUGCUGAACAUCAUCAUCUUCGAGGACUGCAGGAACCAGUGGUCCAUGUCUCGACCUCUGCUCGGCUUGAUACUGCUCAAUGAAAAGUAUUUCUCUGACUUGAGGAACAGUAUAGUGAACAGCCAGCCUCCUGAGAAGCAGCAGGCCAUGCACCUCUGCUUUGAGAACCUCAUGGAGGGCAUCGAACGCAACCUCCUAACCAAGAACAGGGACAGGUUCACCCAAAACCUGUCAGCAUUCAGGAGGGAGGUGAACGACUCCAUGAAGAACUCCACCUACGGCGUCAACAGCAACGACAUGAUGAGCUGACGUCUCCCAGCGCCGCCUGUACAGAAGCAGCAUCUCUUUGGCCUGGCCCACGGGGGGGUCCCGUUUCUGAGGGAAAGAUGAAGAGAAAGAGGAACGUUUCUCAUCCCUGCUCUUCCCCAGGGCCGUGCU